ACGUCGCUCUUUUGCGCUAGAGGCUCGAGGGAGGUACACUGCGCCCUUUGACGAUCAGAGGAGGAGGAGGAGGUGGAGGAAGAGGCUUCACUGUGGCGCGCGCGAUGGCGAGACGCUGCUGUGGACUUGCGGGGCAGCCAAGUGGACCGCGGCUGUGAAAACACUUCCUCCGAGGCAACAUAGAGACCUGCUGAAGUAAGCAUCAAUCAAGUGCAUCAUCAGCCGACCCAGAAAAUCAGUUCUAUACACCUGUGGUACCCUGGAUUGGCUAUCACGGCCCUGAACAGAGUCGACUACUUUUAACAUCAGGGGAGCAACUGAAAGGAGAGGAGUUCAAACAAGUAUCUGUGCAAGGCAUCGCAUCAAAAAAUAACCUACACAUGACUGAACUAGUACAUUUUUAGGACAAUUAUGUUUGUGUAGCUAAUUAAUACAACCAAAGGACAACUUGAAGAUUCACUGCUAAUGUGAGCAUCCUGGAUUGCUAUUGACUCCCAUAAAAGAUCCUUGAGCUCAAUACCACCAGUCUUGGGACUGUCUGGCCAAAGUGCCGCCUUUUAGUGUUGGAGAAGAGUGUUCUGAAUUCGGCCUCUGGAAGCUUGGUGAAGAUGACUUGAGUUGGCAGGCCUAACAACCCCUUACUCACAGAUUGAGCGAGAGAGCCCGGCAGUAAGAAAACACUGCUCAGAAUGUGGUGGCCCUGAGCCAUGCUGGUGUUGCUACUGGAGGCCUGUAGUAAAAAAAAAAAAAAAAAAUCAUUCUCCCUAUCAUCUUUCGUCCAAGCUGAGGAAGAUCUCACGGCCCCAAGGAACUAGACUAUAUAUCUGAACGGCUCAAGGAAGAAGGUGCAUCAAAACCUACUUAGACAUCUGUAGUCACUCAAACAAGACAAACCAAAACUGCGCCCAACCAAUUCUUCAAGGUACACACACGUUCGGCAAAAGUGAAAGGGACAGACUGAGCAGGAGCUGGGCAUCAACAUGGCAACUGAAAGUCUUGCCGAGCUUCGUGAUUGGCUUUUCCUCCUCCUGCUAUGUCUCACCUUCUUGGCUGAGGUACUUGAACUGGCUGCAGCCGCAAUUGCCUUGGAGACGGGUGAGGGAGAUGGAGGAAUUGUUUGUCCCUCAGUCUGCCGCUGCGAUGAGGGUUUUGUCUACUGCAAUGACCGUGGACUCGGUCUAAUUCCUCCUCUACCGUUGACGGCUGCCAUUCUCUACCUGCAAAGCAACAGACUGAGUAAUGCCGGCCUGCCUCCAUCAUUAGAACGCAGCACUUCCAUUCGAGUGAUUUACUUAUAUGCCAACCAGUUGGAUGAAUUCCCCGUACACCUUCCACCUUCAUUACGAGAGCUCCAUUUGCAGGAUAACAACAUACGAACGUUACCACGAUCAUCUCUGGCCAAAUUACCCCUCCUGGAGCGUUUACACUUGGAUGAUAACUCAAUAUCUACAGUUAGCAUCCAGGAACGUGCUUUUUCUGGGACUCCACGGCUCAGAUUGCUGUUUCUCUCUCGAAACCAUUUGUCAAGCAUCCCUGCAGGCUUGCCCGCAUCCUUGGAGGAGCUGCGAUUAGACGACAACAGAAUAAACACAAUUCCCACCCAUGCCUUCCGAGGGCUCUCCUCCUUACGACGCUUGGUCUUGGAUGGGAAUCUACUGGCAAACACACGCAUUGCAGAUGACACUUUUUCGCGCCUCUCCAAUCUGACAGAGCUGUCACUAGUCCGAAAUGCCUUGCAGUCUCCACCAGUCAACCUACCUUCAACUCAUCUUGUUCGGCUCCAUUUACAGGAUAACGGAAUGACUCAUAUACCACGAGGUGCUCUGGAUGGAAUGCGACGGCUCCAGAAGCUAGACCUAUCGGGAAACAAUUUAACCACUCUCCCUCGAGGGCUUCUUAAGGAUGCAGACAGUCUGGAGUUGCUGCUGCUGCGAGGAAACCCUUGGUACUGUAGUUGCAGUCUUCGCUGGCUCCAUGCAUGGCUUCAUAGCUGGGGGGCUGCUGUUACAGUCAGGGGUUUGACCUGUCAGGGACCAGAGGCAGUGAAGGGCCAGUCCCUAAAAGACCUUACCUAUCUGAUGCAACAGUGUGAAGGACCACCAGGUGGUCCGGGUGCUGGAGUUGUGGGGAAUCCAUCAGAAAAAAAUGGAGAAGGUGAUGAUAGUGUUGGAGUGGAUGGAAAAGCCGUGGUCUCAUUUCCCCAUGGCAGCACCACCACCAACUCUUUGCUGGUCCCCACACAAGGUUCCCUCUUUACAUUGCGAGCUAAACGGCCAGGUCUAGUUUUGCCUAUGCCUGCAGGGGGAGCGGGUCAUGUAUCCAGAGACUCCCUGGAACUGAGUGUAAAAGCUCUCUCUUCUGAAAGUGUUCUGGUCAGCUGGUUGUGUCCACAGCCGGCACCCUCAUUCCGUCUAUCAUGGAUGAGAUUAGGCACCAGUGCAGCACUUGGUUCCAUCACAGAGACUCUUGUUCCAGGAGAGAGAAGACAGUACCAUCUUACCCAACUCACACCGCGCUCGCAUUACCUCAUUUGCCUGCUGCCAUUACGACAGGAGAGCUUUUUCGGCUCGAGCAUUGGGACAGGUCACCCUGGAAGCAUUGAAACGAACAAUAAAGAUUCUGCUCCAGCUUGUGCUCAGAUAGAAACUGGAGCGCCUGUAGUGAACUCCAGGGCAGAGGGGUCAGAGAAGGACACACAAGACUCUGAGCUAUCAGCGUUGCCAUUGGCUGGGAUCAUUGGGGGUGCCACAGCAUUAGUAAGCCUCCUACUUAUCUUUGGCAUUUUUUGCUGGUAUGGACAAAGAACAAGUUUUAAGUCAGGGGACUCAAAUUCAUAUAACAGAGGGCGAGGAGGAAAAAAUUAUGAUGACUAUGUAGAGUCGGGGACAAAGAAAGACAAUUCCAUCUUGGAGAUAAGAGCCCCGCCUGCAGGGUUCCAGAUGACAGCCAUGACUCAUCAGCCUCUGCAGCCCAAACUGGAGGAUGUCACCUACAUUCACACCAUUUUUCCUUCUUCUUCUUCAUCAUCUUCUUCCCACGCAAAUGGGACAUACCGGAGCUGCCAAAGAGCCGGCAGCCUCAAUGGCACCAUCCUUAGCCAAACCAGCCACCACCAUGUCACUUAUGGUACCAACCGGGGCUACAGAGAGGGCGGCAUCCCCGAUAUAGAUUAUGCCUACACGUGAUGACACAGGGCCACACUCCCUGAGCCUUGAAUGCCUGGCGUGAUUUCUAUGAUGAUGACCCUGUGGCCAAUGGCCAUGUAGUCCUUGGUUUCCAAAGUACCCUUUGUGCCUCAGCUGGUUCAAGUCUGAUAUGUUUGCUAAGUAGAAGUGACUGUUUUCAGCCAUGUUGAUUGGAUAUUGCUAUUUUGUGAUGGAAGUAAUAGUCCUGCUAUACUGUACGCUACUACUGUAAUACACAUUACAGUGGGCCCUUCCUUCAGUGCUAUUUAUAUAUGUUAAAUUUCUCUCUUUUGGCUAUCUGUGUCUUUCAAAAACGCUGUUCUUCAUACACGGUAACUUAUUUGAGGUUGAUAUAUUAGGCUUAGCUGAUGUAAAAGGAGAUAUUUAUAAUAAGCAGGAAAGGCAAUUAAUGUGUAUAUAGAUAGCCCCCAUAUCUUCUAACCAACUGUAUGCUCUUUGCUGUGUAGAUGACAGGAUGACAGAGGGAAAAAUUGAUGGCUGUUGUAAUCCACAAAUGACAAUGAAUAGUGGUUGACGUGAAAAUACUUAUUCCAAGCACCCCCUUUUUUCCUCUGGAUUACUUCACCCAAUUUAAUUGUUCCUCCUUCCUGCCUCUUUGUUUUUAGCAGAGGCCCUUUCCUUUCAUUUCUCUCGUCUUUUGUGGUGCCGUGAGUAGAGGACAACUUUGUUCUCGCCAAGGGAGCUGACAGCAGUGAUAACAGUUCUGACAAAGACAUGAGACACGAACCGCCACAUGGGGAGACUAAUGAGUGGGGGAGAGAGAGCAGGAGGAAAGAGAGUCAGUAUGAUGGAUAGAUAGAUGUUUGGAUGGAGAGAGCAAACAUGAAGUAGAAGAGUGAAAGCUGCUGUUUUAGAAAUGGGAUUGAAAAAAUUGUGCCAGUUUAUCACAGAGUUGGGUUAGGGUUAGGGUUAACCCUAACCCAUAUUAGGAUAAAGAUUGGUUAAAAAGCCUCUGUAACAGUGUAAGUGUCAUCUGAACACUGCUAGACAUCUGGUGGAAGGCACCGUACAUACAUCAGUAGCACAUCCCAUCAAUGUGACUGCUGCACUCCACGAAGUCAAGCUCCACAUACUACUUGGAUUAUGUUACCAGUGAAAUUCUUAAUCAUUCUCUCUAAUGAUAUGAAAGAAACCAACUCAAGCAUCUUGAACUCCUAAUUUAGUAAGCCCAUUUAUUCUUGAGAGAUUGGUUGAAAUCACUGAAGUUUUAAAAACUCAUCAUUUUCUAGUGAAAAUUGAAACUUCAGUGUUCUAAUUACGCUGCAAAAAUUGACUCAUUAACAAUAUUAAACCCAAGUUAAAAGAAGUAUGAACUUUUUCUUUAUUUUAAAAGGACUGCAACAGUAUGUGAUGGGGGAAACACAUAUUCAAUUAGUGUAAUUAUACUGUAAUAGACCAAUAUCAAAUUGACUCAAGCUUCAUUUAUUUAUAAAUAGAGAUCUAUGAAUCAGACUAACUUUUAUAUGACGAUAGUCUCUUAAAGUCCACCUGAUAAUUUGCUAAGUGUCCAUGUUUGUAUAAAGUAGUAUGAGGCCCACAUUGAAAAGAAAAAUCUAAAAUUAAAAUUAAAAAUGCAUGCAUGUAUAGAAAUACAUUCACCAAAUCACAGUAAUAAGUUGCAACAUUACACAAAAAAGUAGUAUUAAAAGAAUGAAGUUGAAUAUUUUGGGAGAAAUUUGGAAUUAAAGGCAAGCCGCAGUAUCUCUAUAGAACUGCCAUCCAAUAAUCAGGUAAUUUAAUGAAUAUUGUUAUACCUGUUAAAAAUCCUUGCAGUUAGAAGUUAUUUCUUUCACGGCUACCUGACUGAUGUCCUAAACACAUACUAUUGUUUUGGUCCUAGAACCCCUCUGUGCAAUGGCAAAUUUGAAACGGUUCAACAAAUGCAUAGCCUCUUAUGCAUGUGUCCACACAAUAAUUAAAAGGUCUCUACUGAUGAUGGCUGCCAUCCUUGUUUGGAAUAAAAUAUAUGCAGGAUAAAUAAAGAUGAAAUACUUGGUGACCCUUGUUGGAAGAGCAGAUAUUUCAGUUGCCAGCAUGUCUGAGAUGGACUAGUUGGAAUGAUCCAGUUGACCCAGGGACUGCCGUCCAGUUUUAGUAGCCCUCAUGCAGCAAAGACAGAGAAGGGGAUGUUUUGUGAAGAGGGACAAGAGCCUGACCGCCACACUGUGCCCUUCAACACACACAGCAACACAGCAGGGAGGGCGGCAGCUGCUCUCCAAAAGCCCCCGCCGGUAACUUCUAGGGGAGGAGGAAUAGUCGAGCAGCGAUAUUGGCAAAGCUACUGUGUUGUUUUAAUUUUAUUCUUUCAUGUCUGCACUUGUUUUGAUGUCUCUGUUUUAUAGCACUGAGGCUACCUUUCACUCUGUAGAAAUCCUUAUUCCUUAAAAAAAAUAUGUCACUCUCAGAUGUCAUGACGAGAACGCUGAAGUUAUUGGUCUGUUGUCUUUUUUUCUACAUGAAUGAAUAAAGACUUAUUA